AUGACAGAGAAGGAAGUGCCAGAGCCGCCAGCUUCACCUGCUUCAGGUGGGAAACCCAAGAGCCGGCUACAGAAGCUGAAGCAACUUUUCCAGCGAAAACCCAAGGAGGAGGUGGCGCCAGAGCCGCAGCCCAACGGGGAGCUGGUCAGCCCCUCAGGGGGACCCAUCUACUACAUCUAUGAGGAGGAGGAAGAGGAGGAAGAGGAGGAGGAGCCUGAGCCCCCUCCUGAGCCCCAGAAACUUGUCAAUGACAAACCCCACAAGUUCAAGGAUCAUUACUUCAAAAAGCCCAAGUUCUGUGACGUUUGUGCCCGCAUGAUCGUCCUCAACAACAAGUUCGGCCUGAGGUGCAAGAACUGCAAAACGAACAUCCACCACCACUGCCAGUCCUACGUGGAGAUGCAACGCUGCUUCGGUAAAAUCCCCCCAGGGUUUCGCCGGGCAUACAGCUCGCCCCUGUACAGUGACCAGCAGUACGCCUGCGUCAAGGAGCUGCUCUCAGCCAACAGGAGCGACCCCGUGUUCGAGACCCUCCGGACAGGCGUCAUUAUGGCCAACAAGGAGCGCAAGAAAGGGCAGGACGACAAGAAAAACCCUUUGGCUGCAAUGAUGGAUGAGGAACCCGAGGCCACAAAGCCAGAAGGGGGCAAAACGGAGGGCGGCACCUCUGAAGGGGACAAGAAGGCUGAGAAGAGCACGACAGACGAUAAGAACAAGAAGCCCCAGCCGGGGAUGCGUGGUGGCUAUUUGCAGUCUCACUAUUUCGUGGCGCUUUAUCGCUUCAAAGCCUUGGAGAAAGACGACCUGGAUUUCCCGCCAGGGGAGAAGAUCACGGUGGUUGAUGACUCCAAUGAGGAGUGGUGGCGGGGGAAGAUUGGUGAAAAAAUUGGCUACUUCCCCCCGAACUUCAUCAUCCGGGUGCGGGCCGGUGAGCGGGUGCACAAGGUAACUCGCUCCUUCGUGGGCAACCGGGAAAUUGGGCAGAUCACGCUCAAGAAGGAUCAGAUCGUGGUGCAGAAAGGUGAGGAGGUGAACGGUUACGUGAAAGUCUACACCGGCCGCAAAGUGGGGCUCUUCCCCGUGGACUUCCUGCAGGAGAUCUGAGCGGGGCAGCAUCCCGGGGCCCCCCAGCAGGGGGGACGGAUGGACCCUGGCUGCGGG